ACAUCUUUCUUAUCAAACGUGGAGAUGAGUGUGUCCGUGAUGACUCGAUUUCUGAAAUGACAAACAUACUCCAUACGUGAUAUAUAAGGCCGCCGGUAAAUGAGUCAAAACCCGGGCCGAUGUUUCUGUGACAAAAGUGGUGCAGCCGCAGUGAGUUUGUUCACACACGCAUCAUCGAUAGCCUCGUACGGUGCCUCUGGUAAACUCCGACAGCAUCAGCAUCAGGAUAUCUGUUGAGCCUUCACAAGCACCAAACAUGGGCAGCAACAAAGACCCUGCAUUCGUCUUGUCCCCCGUGACAGACGCCACAGCUGUGGAAAAACACCUCACGUCGCUUCGAGAGCUUCUCCAGCACUGCAUCAACGAUGAGCCGGACACUUCGUCACUCGGCUUCCUGGCACCUUUGACAGACCACACGGCAAGCAGCUACUGGCUCGAACUCCUACCAUCAGUCAUUGGCCCUGGCGCAACAACAACGCUUCUCAUAGCGACGGCUCCCGGCAGCGACAAGGUCGUUGCUACGGUGCAGCUGGCAAGGAUGCCCAAAGAGACGCACACUUACAAAGGCGAAAUCAGGAAGCUGAUGGUACAUCCCGAUUUUCGACGGCAUGGGCUGGGACGGCGGAUGAUGGACGAGAUCGAAAAGGUUGCGAAAGAGGAGUUUGGGUUGGAGUUGUUGCUGCUGGACACGUCGAAGGAGACUCCGGCGAGGCAGUUUUACUUAAGGACUGGGUGGACGGAAUGGGGGAUAUGUCCUGAUUAUGCAAAGUCGUCGAGCGGACACAAGCAUGAUUGCUGUUUCUUUGUCAAGAGCCUAGUAUAGAGUUGAUGGGAUAGUCGUGUAUAUGUUGAGUAAUUAGAAGUAGAUUGGUUCAAAUUGCGUCAAUUUUUUUCGCACAUUAGCCAAGGCAUGCCACUCUUUCCGCCGUUGCAAUGAGCUUAAAGGCCAUUCUGAUGAAUAGAAUCGGCCUUUAGCCUUCAAUAUCCAUGCAGUUUCACAUAGUCAUCUACUCAACCCCCGUUUCCCAACAUCUCAACCACUACACCGGGAUCAAGACCCGGCCCCACCCCGGUUUGCGG